AGCACACGACAAUUUCCGCGCUCGAGUGGUUGACGUUGCGAGCUACGGUAGUGAACAGCUCUUGUUUUCAUAAAACGAGCUUAAAGCGAGCAGGAGCUGCUGCUGCCCGAGGAAAUGUUGCAGAUCAUGAUCGCCAAGAACUUUCUUCACAUGAAAACGCACUGGACUUCCAAUCCGUUUGCAAGUUUCUGAACGUCAUUCUGCCCAGUCUGCUAUUGGAGUACACCGAAUACCCGUUCGACAUUGGCUUGCUGUCCCUUCCUCCAGGCUCUUGCUCCACCAGUGUCCCUGGCAUCUUCUCGCACCCCACCCGGGCGUUUGAUGCGGACUUGGAGUUUCGGCGAGCCGUGUUGAGCGACACAAUAUUGAAGCUACUGUUCGGCGAUCCGCCGGUGGAGGAAAAUUAUUGGGGAAAACAACUGGAUGGAAAACUGUCGGGAAAGGCGGAAAGUUACGAAAAAAUUCAUGAGCUGUAUUUCGAUAAUUGUAGUUCUUCUUCUGGAUCCGCAAUCGAGAUGUUGCACGGGGACGAGCUGGACAUACGAAAUUUUGCAAGCAAGGACACUGAAAAAGUAAGGAAUAGCUCGGAAGAACAAGGAGGACGAGGAGGCUCGGUUCUUUCCAGGAAAGAUGAGGAAACGAAAUUACGUCUACCGCAGAACACAUCUUCAUCCUCACGUUCCUUCAAGAAGAAGCUCCUUUUCCUACAACGCCGUCUGCUGGACAAACCGAGGCCGUUGGUAGUGGACAGAAUCAAAGAUUUUCCGAAGAACAUUAACCCACAAGAACCGGAACUACAAAUGGAGGCCGAGCAGAUCGGCUGUAUCAUCCCGUCGAAGGAGGCGGGCACGGUUGUUGAGGGUAGGAGCAGCGCACCAACUACGACUGACGUUGCUGAAGAUACUAAAAACCAAGCUCUGAUGCUGCAAGGGG